AUUAUCCCCGGGAUCUGCAGCUCCCGGCUUUGCCCAGGGCUGGCCUACGGUCUCCACCCGCUAAAAGAGCAGGACAUGGACUCCAUGUUCGAGGACGACAUCAGCAUCCUGACGCAGGAGGGGCUGGGGCCGGACGAGGACUGGCUGGACAGCCCCAACACCGACCUGUCGGGCGAGAUGUGCUCGGCCUCGCACUUCGCCCUCAUCACCGCCUACGACGACAUCAAGAACCGGCUCACGGGGCUCGAGAGGGAGAACUCCACGCUCAAGCGCCGCCUCAAGAUGUACGAGGUCAAGUACCCCCUGAUCGGCGAGUUCGGCGAGGAGCACAUCUUCUCCCUCUACGAGGCCAAGGAGAACUCGCUGCUCAAGAGCGAGAAGGCGUCGCUGCAGCAGCAGCUCAACCAGUUCCAGCACGAGCUGCAGAAGAGCAAAGAGCGGGAGGAGCAGCUGGAGGAGAUGAUCCAGGCCUACGAGAAGCUGUGCGUGGAGAAGGCGGACCUGGAGACCGAGCUGGGAGAGAUGCGGGCGCUGGUGGAGACGCACCUGAGCCGCAUCCGGAGCUUGGAGCAGCAGCUGCGGCAGCGCGACGGCGGCGCCUUCCCCGGGCUGGGCACCCAGGACGUGCCUUUCAUCGCCCUGCACCCCAACCCCGGCCUGAGCCACGUGCUGGAGCGCGCCGGGGGCUGGCCGAGCCGCGGGCUGGAGGCCGAGCUGGAGGCGGCGCGGCAGGAGAACCAGCGCGCCCAGCACCGCGAGGAGCACCUCAAGGCCGAGUGCGAGAGGCUGCAGGCCGAGCUCAAGCACCUGCAGGACACCCGCGAGCAGGAGCAGUCGGAGCGGGACAUGGCCUGGGUGAAGAAGGUGGGCGACGACCAGGUGAACCUGGCCCUGGCCUACACGGAGCUGACGGAGGAGCUGUGCCGCCUGCGCAACCUCAGCUCGCUGCAGAGCCAGAUCCUGCGGGCGCUGCUGCAGGACAAGAGCCCCAACGGGGGCCAGCGCCACUCCCCGCUGUCCCAGUGCCACUCCCCGGCCCAGCAGCGCCGCUCGCCCGCCCCGCAGUGCCCCUCGCCCGUCCCUCCGGGCCGCUCCCAGUGCCAAUCUCCCGCCCUCCAACGCCGCUCGCCGGGACCCCCCAGCCAAUCUCCGGCCCAGCAGCGCCGCUCGCCGGCCCCCGGCCCUUGCCAGUCCCCCGGGCAGCAGCGCCGCUCCCCGGUGCCGCCCCCGAGCCAGUCGCCGGCCCAGCAGCGCCGCUCGCCCGCCCCGCCGCCCUGCCCGCCGCCCGGCUCGGCGUCCCCGCACCGCCUGCCCGGCGGGAGGAUGGAGCUGCCCUACGCCAAGCCCUCCAGCCGCCACAUCAAGGCCGGCUUCCAGGGCCGCCGCAGCUACUCGGAGGUGACCAACGUGGCCCUGUACCAGCAGAGCCGCUCGCUCUGGCUGCAGCCCGAGGCCUCCACGCUGCCCAAGCACCGGCCCUACGGCGAGGUCUACCUGGGGGGCGCGGGGGCCCCGCUGAGCGCCCACGAGCCCUUCGAGGAGCACGUCCGCUUCGAGAAGCAGUCGUCGGACGAGGAGGAGUGGGCGCUGCCCAGCCCGCCCAGCCCCGAGGCCGGGGCCAUCCGCUGCGCCUCCUUCUGCGCCGGCUUCCCCGUGCCCGACCCCGACGCCGCGCACCGGACGGCGGCCGCCUACGCCCGCGCCGAGCACGCCCAGUCCUGGCCUUCCAUCAACCUGCUGCUGGAGACGGUGGACUCGGAGGUGCGGAGCUGCCCGCUGUGCCAGCUGGCCUUCCCCAUCGGGUACCCGGACGAUGCCCUGGUCAAACACAUCGACUCGCACCUGGAGAACAGCAAGAUCUGA